AUGGCACGAACACGCUCAAAACCCGCCAAGGCGACACCUACAGAAACUACACCAGAGCCCACCACAUGUACCUCAAAGUCACUCCCCGCAAGUGCACCAAACCCACCCAAACUUUUUGUCUUGCCUAAGAAUGCCUCUCGGGAUGCGCGCAUAGUCACUCUGGAUAAUCCUGCAAAUGAGGCACCGUCGCGCUACUUCUUUUGUCCAAAAAGGGGCUUCUACGAAUUCACUCGCAUUGCGGCCCCAAAGAAGGACUGCCGAAGUUGGCUCAUCACCAGUAACGAUGGCACUACACAAGAACAAGAGAAGGAAGAUACAGAUGCCUCAAGAAUAAGCAGUGGAUAUGUCGCCAAAAGCGCAGAUCUUUUCAUCGCCACGCCCAUCGAUCUCCUCUUCCUCAUCCUGCCCGCGCUCGCACCCAAGACCGCAAAAGACACAAAACAGCACUUCCUUGCGUUCGACGACUACCUCGACACGCUGUCUUCUUCAUCGCCGCACUGGAAGGCCCUCCUAUCCCAACAUGCAUCCCUAAAAUCCAUGCUGGAGAAGCGCAUCCACCUCAUCUGCGACACUGUCGACGCCGGCGACGAAACCAUGUACCGCAUCUCCCUCCCCAAACUCAUCGAAGUGCUAGUCGCAAAAGCCGAACGCAUGAUCCAGCGCGGCCUCCCCGCCUCUCUUGAAGAAAAAUUCAUAAAAACCGCCUUGGAAAUCCCCAUCAUGAACAUCAAGCGCGAAGAAAGCACUCUAAGCGCCGUUUCAACCAGCAACACAGAAACCGGCGAGUCAGAAACCACCACCACAAUAACAACACAAGAAGACACCGUCACCCCAGCCCUCACAACACCCCCAGAAAUCCCCCACCUCCUUCGCCUUCGCACAUCCCUAACCUACCUCACAUCCUCCUACCUACCCCCACCCCUAACCUCCCUCCUAACCCCACUCCUAACCCCACGCUUCACACCGCUAUCCACACACCUCUCCGCCAUCGCCGCGCUCAAAGCCGAAGCCGCAGCCCUCCGCAGCAUAACAGACAACGUGUCGCGGAAGCGCGCAGUGCUGGAAGACGAUGACAAGAUGGCAGAGCGGGAGGAGAAGAAGCGGAAGAAGGAGGAGGAAGACAAGAAGAAGAAGAUGGAGGGGAGGGGCAUCAAGCAGUUGAAGAAGGUGGAUACGAGUGGGAUGAGGAAGAUGAGUAGUUUUUUUACAAAAGUGGAUAAGAAGAAGUAG